AUGACCAAGCCAAUCUCCGUUCCACCUCAAAAGGAGAGCGGUGAUGACGGCGGCAAUGGCUUCUUGUCCGCCCUCAUGAGCUCAGAGAGGUCUCGACGGCAGUCCACAAUGUCCACCCAGUCAAGAUACCUUCCGUCAUGGUCCUCUUCGUCAUGCAAGUCUUUCAGCCCCAGAAAGAGGACUCGAGCCGAAGAAGAGGAAUCCGUAGCGCGGCUUAUCUUCUCCGUCAAGAGAUCUCGCAGCGCCUCUUGGUCUCUGAAUGAUGGCGAGGAAUUGCUUAUGAGCGGGGCUUUGGAUGCUGAGGAUGAGAGGUGUGAGGUGGAGGGGUGUGUUGUGCGAAUCCAGAAUGAUGCGGCGCCCAUCGACUCCAAAGAUGACACUUCUAACGCCGAGGAUGGAAAGAAUUCUGAGCGCCUGAAGCGCCAUCCCGAAGAAGCGGAGGGUCCUUCAAUCUCGGCGGAGAGCCUAGCUGAGCCAAGGUACGAAGACGAGAACAGCGAGGAUACGAAGGCCGCCGAAGAGAGCUCAAGCUCAAAUGUGGACACGGGCGAAUGGAAGUGCCGUGACCUGGAGGGCGAGAGUGACUACGAGGAUGAAGACCAAGACAGCGAGGACGACGACGAAGCAGUCCACCGCGGCUAUGAUGAUGACGUCCGAUAUGGACGUGCUACAAGCUCAGGAUGGCUGUAG